CAACAGUAGAGCCAGAUUUACUUUGCUCGUCUCCAUUUGAUGCGAACCCUCCAUAAAAAUGAGAUAUGCCAGCUGGUGUGCCAUGCAGAGAAGAUCGUAUCACAGGAGCGGAGGAUGCUUGAUCUUGGUGUUUGAUUGUCCGUCAUGGCCGAGGUGUUGACUCGAGUCAGAUUCCGUUAUCUCUGUAGACUGUUGCUUGAUUUACGUUAUUACUUCAUCCCCUCGUUCCCCAUUGGAAACCCCAUUUACCAGUUUGCACAGUUUGCAAUUGGAUUAGAAGAAGGCAAGGAAUGCAUCCUAGCUGGAACCCUGAACAUGCACAUGAAACUCAAACCUUGUGUCCUGGAUGAGUACUCCGAGGAGAGAUCUGCGACUCGACUUGUCAAGCCUCAUAAUUUUGUGCACCCAGAUGAUAAGCUGGUUUUAGAACAAAAUAGUGGAAGAGUUAAGCUUGCUGGGAAUGUGCCCUUAGCAUCUGGUCCAAAUGUAACAAGUUUGUUUCAUGAUAAACAUAUCAUACCGUCGGAAGAAAAUUCAUUUUCACAAUCUGAUCGUAGUAAACUAGUUUUUUUUUAAGCUAUUGGGAAAUUUUAUUUUUUCAAUGAGUUGCUAAUGUUUUUUCGAGCCAGUGUGAUUUUAGUCAUCUUUAGUUGCAUUACAGUUUGUCAUUCUAGAAAUUUAGUCGUCCACUUUUAGGUGGAGAUAAUCUAUUAAGUUCAUUACUCCUUUUAAAUGUUCCUUAUUUCGAGCAUUAUGAAUGCAGCUUUUGUU